CUCGUAUAUAAAUUGCCUCCUCCCAAACCCCUUCUCUCUUCCCUGUGCAAGGAGACAGACUAACUAAGCAGAAUAGUCGCCGGUCGUCGAUCGUCGAGUGUCGAUCGCCGGUCGUCCUUCGCAGAACGCUAGCGUCACCUCUCUUCUUCUCUAUCUUCAAUCUGGUAAACACGCGGUUUUGUUUCGAUUCAGUUCAUCCUCUGUCCAGAUUCCGUAAUGCUUCCUAGAUCUCCCUCAGAUCCAAUGCCGUCCUUGUUCUAAUUGUAGAAGCAGAGGGAGAAGAAUCAAUUAUCAUCAAUCAGAUUGAAAAAAAUUGGUCCAGUUUCGAUUUUGUUAAGAAAUGUCGGCAAUAAAGAGCCCGUCUCCCACCCGGUUCUUCACGAUUGGGCUUGUAACGUCAUGGUACUCAUCCAACAUUGGGGUUUUAUUGCUCAACAAAUAUUUGCUUAGCAAUUACGGUUUCAAGUACCCGAUCUUCCUCACUAUGUGUCAUAUGACAGCUUGUGCUUUGCUAAGCUACAUCGCUAUCGCAUGGCUAAAGAUGGUUCCUAUGCAGACUAUCCGAUCUCGUGUUCAGUUCUUUAAGAUCUCUGCUCUGAGCUUAAUCUUCUGUGGAUCCGUUGUAAGUGGCAACAUUUCGCUUAGGUAUUUACCUGUAUCGUUUAAUCAAGCGAUUGGUGCUACGACGCCGUUUUUCACUGCCGUGUUCGCGUAUCUCAUGACUUUGAAGAAGGAGGCUUGGCUUACUUAUAUCACCCUCAUUCCUGUUGUAACUGGUGUUAUUAUCGCUAGUGGGGGCGAGCCUAGUUUUCAUCUGUUUGGGUUUAUAAUGUGCAUUGGAGCUACUGCUGCAAGAGCAUUAAAAACAGUUGUUCAAGGGAUCUUGCUUUCUUCUGAAGGGGAGAAGUUGAACUCCAUGAAUCUCCUUCUAUACAUGGCUCCUAUUGCUGUCGUAUUCCUGCUUCCUGCAACAUUAUACAUGGAAAGGAAUGUCGUUGGUAUAACAAUAGCCCUUGCAAGACAAGAUUUUGGGAUUGUUUGGCUAUUGCUUUUCAACUCUGCGCUUGCAUAUUUCGUGAAUUUGACAAACUUUUUGGUCACAAAACACACCAGCGCUCUUACACUUCAGGUAUUGGGAAACGCAAAGGGGGCAGUUGCAGUGGUUGUUUCGAUACUAAUUUUUAGAAAUCCGGUGUCUGUGACUGGGAUGGCGGGAUACACAUUGACAGUGAUUGGAGUUAUUCUUUAUAGUGAAGCCAAGAAGCGUAGCAAUAAAUGAGACCCAUAAUUAUUAUUUAUAACUUAAUUAGUUAAAGAUUACAAGCUCACCAUGGACAACUUGAAGCAGGUUAGGCUUUAUGUGCUGUUGCUUGUUGCUGCUGAUCUUGCCCUCUAAAUUCAUAUUUUUUAUAUACUAUAUAUUUUAUGCUCAUAAAACCUUGAGCUUAGGGACAUUGAAGCUGCAUAUGUGUAACAGCAAACAUCAAAAAUCAAAAGUAAGCCAUUAGUUACAUCUGUGUUUAGGGUUCAUAGUGUAAGAAUUGUAGAAUUAAUUUGCUAUGAAUUAUGUUAUAUUCAAACUUCUUAUAGAUUAUUUAUUCAAGGCUAUGCCCAUUUAUCCUUUCA